AAAAAUCAGAAGAAUACUAAUAACACGAAGAUAAACACGUCACCGCUAUCCUGGAUUGAGAGUAGCUAGUUUUUGGCUUUGUGUCAGUUAGUUGGGAUUCCGCUAAAAUGGAGCUAUAAGGAAUAUAAGGAAGUUUGCGCCGCAGUAAGAAGCUUAAAACAGACUCGCUGUGUGAUUUGUGCCUUUAAGAACACACUGUGUGUUUGUGCGUGCGUGCGUGUGAGUACCGGUGGGUAAAAUGGAUGACGAUGUGGAAAUAUUCGAUGUGGACGAUGACAACUCUCCCCGUCAGGUUCUUCUGAAGAACCAGGACCUGAGUCAGCUGAGUUUCACAGUAGGGGAGUUCCUGUCCCUGUACGGCUGGUACCUGCUGGCUGUCACCGCCACAGUGCUGGUGCUCAUCCAGCAUCUGAGGAAGAGGAGGACCGGCCAGAGCCGUCCGGACUCCGUCCCACAGAACCUGCAAGAUGCAUCUCUGGUAACAAAGAGGCAGGAGGCCAUGGAGGCAGCUCGGCAGAGGAUGCAGGCGGAGCUGGAUGCCAAAGCUGCUGCCUUUAAAGAGAAGCAGAAACAGCAAGAAGAAGAGAAGAGAAGACAGAAGAUCGAGGAAUGGGAGAGCAUGAAGCAGGGGAAGAGCUCCAAAAGACACAAGCUAUCUGAGAACACAGAGGAGGCGAGUGCAGCAGCGGCUGGAGUCAAACCAAAGACGGAUAAGAAGCCGCUGCGCUCCAAUGACUACAAUCCCCUGAUGGGACAAGGAGGCUCCUGCACCUGGAGGCCAGGGAGGAGGGGGCCUUCAGGGAGUGGAUGAGGUUAAAGGGUGGAGGUGCUCUGACCGCCUCCAGACUAACCUGCACUCUGAUUGUUGGGACCAAGCUGACAAUGAAACAGAGCUCCUGCUUUCAGAUCACUGCUUAAACAUCAGUACUGGAGAAGUUGGUACACCCAUUUAGAGAUAAUCACCAUAGAGACUGUAGAGAAACAUCAUCAACAUGAUUUUACUGCACGAUCAAAAAUCUAACAAAAAUACAAAUAAUAUUUUUGUCUUGGAGUAAAAAUGUUCCAAUUAUCAUAAUUCCUUCAUUCUUUGGGUCAAAAUUUUUUAACUUAAUACAUAAUCUUUACAGCUGCAGUAUAUAACUCAUAAAAAAUGUUUUUACAAAUUUGCUAAAACUAACUUAGUGAUGUGCAGUUUGUGACAGAUUACUUGUGUUAAAGUUUGAUAUCCUUCACCUCCUCCCUGAGCUAUUACCAUCUGAAGAAAUGCAUCGCUCCAAACGAAAGACCACCAAUCAAGAGACCAGAGGAGGGUCUCAGUGCUGUCAGUCAUCCUUCAUGUACUCGCUGCUAAAUGUGCUUGCGGCAGAGAAACAACUUACUGUUCCAGGAAAACCCUUUAUCUGCUGACAUCUGUGACCAUGCUAACUAGCAUGAGGAUGGGAAAAGGAGGGUGGGCACUUUGAUUGACAGCACAAAUAUUGUUCUUGGCUUUGAUUGGUUGUUUCUAGUUCACAUUGGGAGAUCAGAAGGUCUUUUUUUUCACAAAAACAUGUCUCAUAUCAUGUCACAUAUGAGACAUCUGUCUCAUAUGUGACAGUUUCAACAAAUAUCAAAACAUAAUUUUUGUAAAAGUUACUUACUGCAGCUUUGAUUAUUUCAGAAGGAAUACUAUAAAAGUGCAUUUUAAUGGGUGUACUAGACCUUUCUUUUCCUCAGUAGCUCUUUUGUUAGGAUAACAGCAGAUCAUCAUGUACUCAGUUCUUGGUGUCAUUGGAAGCUUGACAUGAAGCCAUUCCUUGAAAUGGUCUCUAACCAGAAGGUCUGGCUGAUCUGUCCCAGUCAGGGUGCUUUUUCAUGGUUGUGUAUUUCUGAAAGAUUUGAGGAAAAAUCAUAGCAGCAGUUGUAACUAGUAGAUAUUAUUUACAUUCUGUCUGACUGUGUGAUUCUAAACAAAUUAAAGUGUAAGAAAUCUG